UGUAAUCUUAUCCAACGUUGAUUCUUUGCACAGCAAUGACGGGGUUGCUCCAUUGCGCGUGCUUCCUCACGCCCCCUCGUCUCCGGCAACCUGUGCUGCGAGGCCAAUUUUCGCGAAACGAGCUCAGUGAUCCUGGAAAACUAUCUUGUCCUUCUUUCAAAGUGAACGAAUUUGUGCGACUUCUUAAAGAUACAUUUGAUGGGCCUCCUGUAAUUCGAAGCAUGCUCGCCCGCUCAAACUGUCAGGAAGACAUGAACCAAAGGUUUCAAUUACUGAAACUCCUUACCAGCGGCAUUUUGAUGUUCUCUAUCCCUUCUCAAGCUUUAGCUGAAACAUGUGAGGCUGAUAACUCUUUUUUCAAUAUGCCUUUGCUGCUAUCAGUAGCCCUCAUUGGAGCUACUGUUGGAGGGUUGCUUGCUCGGCAAAGAAGAGGAGAAUUGAAAAGGUUGAAUGAUCAAUUACGCCAGAUCAAUGCAGCCUUGAGGAGGCAAGCGAAAGUUGAGUCUUAUGCCCCCAGCUUGAGCUAUGCACCUAUUGGUGGUAGGAUAUCUGAGAAUGAAGUUAUCGUUGAUCCAAGGAAGGAGGACCUUGUUUCUAAAUUGAAAAGGGGGAAGAACUUCUUGAGGAAUCAAGAGCCAGAUAAAGCAUUUAAGGAGUUUCAGACUGCUCUUGAGCUCGCCCAGAACUUGAAGGAUCCAAUUGAGGAGAAAAAAGCUGCUAGAGGUUUAGGGGCCUCACUGCAAAGGCAGGGCAAGUAUCGAGAAGCCAUUAAAUACCAUUCCAUGGUAUUGUCCAUAUCUGAAAGAGAGGGAGAGAAAUCUGGCAACACAGAAGCUUAUGGAGCGAUUGCUGAUUGUUACACUGAGCUUGGAGACCUUGAACGAGCAGGACAGUUCUAUGACAAGUAUAUUGCAAGCCUUGAACAAGACUAGCAUAAUUCAUCCUCAUGUUCAGCAUUUCUUCAUCAACAGUAGCGUGACUGUAGAAUAGUCGAGAUCUCUGAUGGGUUGCCGCCAUCCGUUUGCUGCGGCAUUUUCCAUUUACUGAAUUGAAAAUAUUUGUAUUAAACCAUUCAAGUUGACGGAUUCCUUAUUUACUUUUAUUCAAAUCAAAUGUCUUAUAGGGCUUAAAAUAUAAUUUUUUUGGACGGAAAAUGUAAUGUACUUCCACAAAAUUAAACGUUUAUUUUUUACGAAUGCA